AGAAAGUUAUCGAUUUAAAAAAAUCCUUAAUGAGGGAUAAAUUGUUGACGAGGAUCUCAUUUAAUGGUUCCAUCUAUAUAUUUUACGUUCCUGGGCUAUGGAUAAUAGUUCCAUGGUCAGCCGCCUUAUUUGCUGGUGUCGCUUUUAAUGUCACCUGCCUCGGUGGUUUCGAUUAUCGCCGCCAUUUUCGAUUAAUCGAUUCCACAGAUGGCGGACCGCUGCGUUUCCCAGCUUCCCGUCGCCGUCAAUAAAAGGAUGAAAAAAAAUACUCAGCACAUGAGUCCGACCUUGAACAGCAGCGGUUGCUCAUGUCACUCAUCCCCGCCGAUCUGUUUGAUUCCAAAUGGGUACGGAUGGUGCGAUAAAAAACGAUAGUGCUCAGUUCCCAAAGAGACACCGAAGUCACUCGCCGCACGAUUGUCUCGCCAUCGUGUCCAAUCAUUCCAACACACCACGAUAGUCUGAUUAUGUGAUAACAAAUGGACUUAUUAGGCACAACUUGAAAUGGCCCGUUCACUCGCAAUUGCACGAGAAGACUCACCAUUCAAUUGCUGCACCCUUGGAAUGUGAUAGUAAUAUUACCGGGAAAAUGAAGCGUAACGCUGUUAGUCUGAUUAAAUUCGUCUUCCUUGCGGCGAUUACAGUGAUAACGACUGUUAUAGUAUUUCGUUAUGUGAGGAGCGGGAAAAUAAGCUAUUCUAGAGGGGGUCAUUCACUUCAACUGCAUAAUUAUCCAGAAGAUCAACAAAAAAAUGAGAAACUGGAUAUCGACUCCCCAGCGGACAAGAUAGACUGGCACAACUUGAAACUGAUAAACGAAGAGUCAAGAAGAACGGGAAUUGGCGAGCAAGGUAGGCCAGCAAGUCUACCCCCAUCGUCAGCCUCCCAGAAGGACAAGUUGUACCAGGUGAAUGGUUUCAACGCCGCCCUGAGUGACCUGAUCGCCUUAAACCGAUCGAUUCCAGACAUUCGUCAUCCGGACUGCAGACGAAAGAAAUACCGAAAAAAAUUGGACUCCGUAUCUGUGAUAGUAUCAUUCCACAACGAGCACUUCUCCACGCUCAUGCGCACCUGCUGGAGCGUAGUGAAUCGCUCGCCACCGGAACUCCUCGAGGAGAUAAUCCUCGUGGACGAUGCAAGUACAAAACUCAAUUUAAAAUCGAAACUUGAGGACUACAUUUCUAAGCACCUGUCCCUCGUCAAGAUCAUUCGUCUUCCAACUCGUUCAGGCUUGAUAAGAGGUCGAUUAGCGGGUGCCAAAGUGGCGCGAGCAAAGGUCCUGGUGUUCCUGGACGCUCACACUGAGGCAAAUGUCAAUUGGCUGCCUCCCUUGUUGGAGCCCAUUGCCGAGAACUACAAGACGUGCGUUUGUCCCUUUAUCGACGUGAUAGCAUACGACACAUUUGAAUAUAGGGCGCAAGACGAGGGUGCCAGGGGUGCCUUUGACUGGGAGCUGUACUACAAACGUCUUCCCCUGCUGCCUGAGGACCUCAAGCACCCGGCGGAGCCCUUUAAAUCCCCGGUAAUGGCCGGAGGACUCUUUGCGAUAAGUGCAAAGUUUUUCUGGGAGCUUGGAGGGUACGACCCGGGUCUUGAUAUCUGGGGUGGGGAGCAGUACGAAUUAUCCUUCAAGAUAUGGCAGUGCGAUGGGGAAAUGUACGACGCCCCUUGCUCGAGGGUCGGCCACAUCUACAGGAAAUUUCCCCCUUUUCCGAAUCCUGGAAGGGGCGACUUCCUGGGGAAGAAUUACAAAAGAGUGGCCGAGGUUUGGAUGGACGAGUACGCCGAGUUUAUUUACAAGAGAAAGCCUCAUCUGAGGAGCCUGGAUCCUGGUGACCUGGGGGAGCAAAAGGCACUGAGGACCAAACUCCAAUGCAAAUCCUUCAAGUGGUUCAUGGAGAACAUUGCUUUUGAUCUCGUGGAGGUUUAUCCACCGAUUGAGCCCGAGGAUUUUGCCAGCGGGGAGAUUAGAAACAUUGGAGCACCUGAGAUGUGCCUCGAUGCCAAGAAGAAGAGGAAGGAUGAGGCCGUUGUCAUGGAUUCUUGUGUCAGGGAUUUGGGGAAGAAUAAUGGGAAUUUUGAACAGGAGUUCAGACUCACUUGGCACAAGGAUGUGAGACCCAAGGGGAGGACUGACUGUUUGGAUGUUUCUAGGGGGGAUUCCCGAGCUCCUGUUACCCUCUAUCCUUGUCAUGGCAAGCAGGGGAAUCAGCUGUGGAGGUAUGACCUUGAGAAGCAGUGGCUUAUGCACGGUUAUUCACAAAGGUGUUUGGAUGCUGACCCUGGUAGUAAGAGGGUGUUUGUUACUGCCUGUGAUCCCACGAGCUCCACUCAGAAGUGGAGAAUUCAGGACGUCAAUAUGAAAGUUAUCAAUGGCUAAAAUAAUAUUGGACCAAAAGCUGAGUUGAGGGGCUCUGAUCAUUCCGGAUAUUCAUUACUUUAACUAGUCAUUGGAGCUUUUUUUUGGAGGAGGCACAACUACUACUUCUAAAUUAUUUUUCGUGGUAAAGUGCAGAAAUAAUUUACGAGAUAUUGAAACAGUUCUUUGGUAAGUCAACGUCAUUUGCGUCUGAAUGAAGCAUCUGAAGGCUUAAUUUUUCUCAACUCGUUCCUAAUUUAAUUCCGUUCUAUCAAGAGACUAAUUAGGAGAUUAUGAGAGUGAUUUCGAUGAUUGAGAACAAUUGUUUCCACUCCUCCGAGCUUAGAUUGAAUCAAUUACGAGCCUCAAUUAAUGGUAAUUCAGUUAUCCAUCACUUUUUUCUUCAUGUGCAAUGAAUAAUUAUCAGAAAAUGUGAUUAUUAAUUUAUUACCGAACUGAUGUGUAAAUAAAUAUUUCGCAGUGCCUUAUGAUGCAUGAGAACCUGUACUCCUGUACUUUUAACGCGCACACUUGCUCAAGUUAUUUUUAAAAUUUCGUUUACUUGCCCUUUUGUCAUUCAUUUUAUUACCCCGAGAUGACAGUUGAAUAGCUGUAGGUAGGAUAUAUUUUUGUAAAGCCUGCGACCGAAUGAAGCAUUAAUAAAGUACUCGAAAGUAACGAGAAAUUUAAUGACGUGGGGUUAAUUUUCAUGACUUUACCUCUUGCGGUGGCGCAUUCACCGUCUGGAUGUGCCAUCCGUUGCAUUGCUGUUGGGGCCACACCGACGGGCAUGGAAAUCCUCUCCCCGAGGGCUUUUCCACUGAUAUCGAUGGUCGAGACAUUUCUGAGGACUCGAGGACGAAUCCUAUAUCUGUUCGUAAGCAAAAAAUAAUAGAAGAGCCAGCGCUUUUUUUUUUUCAAAAUUAAAUGAGAUUUUUGCGAAAAUUGAUUAUGUAAUAAUCGACGUACUUUCUAAAUGCGUUUCUAUUCCACUGGAGGGUCACCUCGUCCCCAGCUCCACUCCUAUAAUAAUCCCUUGCAGAUAUUGGGAGUCUCUUCAACGCCGACUCUUCGAAAUCUUGAACACAUGUGAAAGCCUCCAUAAUGCGAAAUUCACUUCCAAACUGAAUAAAUGAAGGAUACGAUGUAAACGCACGAACUAAAUGCCAAUGAGAUAACUGGUGAAGCAAUCGAUCAUCUCGUGACUGAUAACUCCGCAUGAAUGUUCCUAUUAUUCACAGGAAGAUUGCUUAUCAUUCCGCGUUGAGAGAAUAUUAACAUCUCCAUAGUGAGAAUGUCUCUGCAUAAAUAUGACAAUAAUUUUUCCAGCGAAAGUUGGAUGGGGUAUUUUUUAAACAGAACAUGAUCCUAGUUCUAGGGGCCUCAAAUAAACUAUCCGAGACGAUUCAACAUUUUAUUAUCAUUCGGUAGAAACAAUACACAAACUGUCGUAUUUCCUCAAUUUCCAGUGAAUUCAAACAGACUUUGUUCCACUCAUUGAUGAACAAAAAAACCUCAAGAAAUUUUAAUUCAGCGUUGACACAGGCUUAUGAAGAGCCAGUGUGGGACUGAAAAUGCUUACAAUAAAUGCCUAUCAACAAUCAUAACACAAUUAUUCGUUUAAUUUUCAUCUCACUCGUCAUUCAAUCUCCAACAGUGAUGCCGCGACAUGAGAAAUGGCAUUUUGUCAUCUCAUCUUGAGAUACGAGUUUUUUAUUUCUCCUCACGUAUUGCUGAAUCGAAAGUUGUUCUCGUCGUCUCCUCUGAGAAGAUAAGGAUUUUUUGAGAAGCACAUCUUUACUUGUAUCAAGAUGAUAAUGAAUUUUCACGAGUUCUAUAUUUUUGUUCUGAGUACAAGACAUUUUAGUCCUGAAAAAAAUGGAAAGCAGGAAAAGUAAGGAUUACAAAAUAUAGGAGUAUUGUCUAUCUCAUUCCCUCGACCAACUGUUCUCCUCUCGUAUCGUCUGCUCAUGUCUAUCUUGAAACACUGUCUCAUCUCGUUUCUCUCACAGCAUCACCAACCCCCCAAAAGAUCUAACCCUGCAUCUACGAACUAUCACGCACCCCAGGAAAUUGCCUUCGCCCCUCUAGUCUGGAGACUUGGUCAAUGCACUAUUAUUCCCCAAUAAUGAAAAAAAUCCUCACUCAUUCAUCUACUUGUUUCUCUAAAAUUUCGUUCCAUCGAUUCCUCCCUAAUUUCCCCUAACAAUGGAAUCAUCAGUUUAAAAAUUGUCCUCGUGAGGCCCGUAACGAUGUUCCUUGAUAACCUGGUACCAUUUAAAGUCUCUAGUUCCGUUAUCAUCUCCUCCUUGCUGACGAAAAUAUAUUCGAUACUCUCGUGUGAGCCAAUUGCCCAUUAUUUUUCACAAUUCAUCGAGACGACUUGAAAGCACCGAUCAAUGACAGUGACACAUGUCCAUGUAAAUACCUAUUUUAUUUACAGUACAACGUUUACGCGUUAAUUAUAUAUAUUUUUGAGUAGAAACAUUCUCCUCCAAGACAUUUCAUCUCUUUAAAUACAAUCGCAUUAAAAGUGCAUUAUUCACUCGAUUAUUCUAAUCUCUCUUUUAUUCCUGAGAACCUCAAAGGUUUUUCAAGGCUCCUGGUGACAUUAAUCAUGUUGGCAUUGUGUUAAACACUCAAUUGUUCAGUGUGACCUGUGUGCAAACAAAAAAUUAUGAUUAAAAUAAAAGCGCAGAUGUUACAGUCAUCAAGUUAGUCGAGUAAUUUAUUUAACUGUUGAGUUUCUUUUUCUCGAUAUUUUUUGUCAUUUAUUUUGGUUUUUUAAAAUUCUUUUAAUAUCAUAUGUUGUUAUGUACAGGUGUUUGAUUGCUUACGGUAUUAACGUUCUCUUAUUCUUGUUCCGUACAUUUAUUCAGUAGCCCAAAGUGACAUGCCAUUUAUUUAAUCGAUUUCCGAGUGAAUUGCAAGAUCGAUUGAUAUUAAAAAAUUCUAAUUGAACACUUCCUCAAUUUUUUUUUCAAUCGUUUUUUCAUCAUUCGUUUAUUUUUUCUUAAACUCGAAGCGUGUUAGUAUCAAAGUCGGCAUGAUCAUUUCUUUUUUGGCUUUGGUAAGAAUCUUUUACAUAUAAUAUAUUUUUGUAUUAUUUUUUUUCAACUCUCAUCGCUAAAAACUAAAUUCCUCUGAACAAUUUACGCCAUAAAAAUUGUGAGAAUAGCCAUCAGUUGUUAUUUGGUGGAAUCAAUUCACAUGGCAGUCUUGAGCGAGAAAGUAAGGGGAUUUGUUUAAAAUUAAUGUGUAAAAACACCUCAAUCAUUGAUGACUGGACUUGCUCUUCUUAAUAUUCUUUACAUUUAUCCUUUUUCUUUUGCUUUAAUCACUGCUUUUACUGACUAGAAUCCCAAUGCACUCAGCUAUCCAUUGGUGAUUUCUAAUUCGAAAGAUUUAAAUUUUGUGAUAAUUAUUGGAGUCACAAAAUCCAAUCAAAAGCACAAUAUGUCGAAGGGCCUGGGGGGAAGACUGUAUUUCACAAAUUCUCAGCUAAAGGGGUGAAUGGAAAUCCAUGACAGAGGGCUUGAAAAAAUUGUUCAUCUUAGGAGAGUUUGAUGAAAUGAAGCGAAGGUCAUUCCAAAGGGUUAAAUAGGGCCCUUGUGAAAUAGGAAGGCGGUAUCUAAACAAAUUGGCAGCCACAACUGUUUGAAAAUUAUUUCAUCUCUUCGUAUCGACUUCAGCUCGUGCCAUUCAAAUCCCACACAAAAAACCAAUUUUUCAACUAUUUUCAUGAACGUGGAAAUUCCAUGUGAAUGUUUGUUUGUUUAUAAUCAUAACCCUAUAUUGUUAAAAAUGUAGGUUUCCAUCCCCAAUCAGCUGAUAAUUACAAACACUAAUUUUCCCCCUCUACCAAUCCCUCAAGAGAAUACGUCCUUGCUGUCGAUUGAGGGAAAUAUAAAAUCCAUCGCUCAAAGACAUUACACUCAGUGACAUAAUUAAAUAAUUAAAUAAUUAUUAACUAUACUGUUCAAUAACAAAAAGAAGGGAUGAACUUAGAUAGUAAGAGUCUCUGUGUACAAAAAAACCAGGAUUUACAACAGCUCCGCUCUCAAAAUUGUAAAAUAGAAAUAUAAUAAUUUUUAUCACAUACAAAAAGCAGUUAUUAUUAUAUGUACAUAUUUUUUUUUAACCCAAUAUCGGCAAUAAGUUUAUUGAUGGGGAAAUUCAACUCGUUAAUCAUUGAACAGUGAAUUUCAAUAAAUUUUUUUUUCGUUUAAUAUUGAAAAUAAUAAAACGUCAAUUCAUAAUGAUGGCUUUUCUGGGAUGUCAUGUGGGAUAGUCGUUGAUUAAAUGUCUCUGAAUUCAUUAAAUUGUCCACGUACACACGCGAUUGUCACACUUCAAUCUACUCGAGUGACAUCUUUUAUUCGGUCUUAUUUAAUAUUUAUAUAACAUACGUUAUUACAAGUAAUGGAGCUGUGAUCAGUUCAAAAUAAUGAUUUCAUUACCCCAAAAAAACUAUAAUUUAUUCAUCGAACAGCCUCAAUCCAACGAUUCGUAAAUUUCGUUUUUCCGAAGUGAUGAGUUAUACGUAAUUCAUUGAAAAUACAAAUGUCUUGGGUUUUUAGAAGAGACCACAGCUCCAAUACGAUGGCUCGUAUCUUACAGCGAUACAACUAUUGAAUUCUCGUAAUCAAAUGGAAUAAAGAGAAGAAAAAUGCUCAAGAUUCAAUGCUAAUCGUUAAAUUAUCAGUGUAAAUUUUAAUUUUAAAAUUUUAACAAGUUGAGAUGGCCAAAUUUGCAGGUGCAAUAGUUACCAGAACAAUUGAUCCACCAAAAACACCCUGAGAACGAUAAAUAAUACUCUCAAAGUGCAAAAAAAUGAGCCUUAAAUAUCUCCGCGAUCACCAAAGUGAAUUAGUAUUCGAUCGUUGCCAUUUCUAAUCCUAAAAUUUUCCCUAACAUCCCACGCACAUAAUUCACCCCAUCUCUUUAUUCCCUUUAAUUUCCAGAAUUAUAUAUUCCAGUAAAAUUCGCAGUAUCUCUCAUGCAUCAAUGUAUCACCUCUACCCCAAAAACUCAUAAAAUUUCUUUCAGUACACGGUAAUUAUCCGGGAUCCGUCCAUGGUCGUAUUAUAAAAACGUAUAAUAAACGUUUCACAAUUCUAAAUACAUUAAACAUUACACUUCGUUUAUGUGAAAAAUCUUACGAAUUAACGUAAAUUUACAAUGAACGAGGGGUGUCUUGAGGGAAUUACUCUUCU